AUGUCUAAAGACAUCACCUCCACUGCCAACGAAGACUUAUACUCACGGUUAUCUCUUACUCCCGAAGCUACAACUGCUGAAAUUAAAAAAUCCUAUCAUCGUUUAGCACUUCAAUAUCAUCCUGAUAAACAUACAAAAUUAACACUCAAAGAACGCGAAGAAGCUACACGAAAAUUUCAGUACAUAGGUUAUGCAUAUGCAAUCCUUAGUGAUCCUAAAAAAAGAGAGACAUAUGAUAAGACUGGCGAUACCGAAGGUUUAGAUGGUCUUGAAAAUCUUGAUAAAGAAGGAUGGGAUGCUUUCUUUAAAGAGUUAUGGUCUGGCACGGUUACUUCCGAGUCGAUAGAAGAAUUUCGUACAAAUUAUCAAGGUUCUUCUGAAGAACGUAAUGAACUUAUCGAAACUUACAAAAAAUAUAAAGGAGAUAUGAAUAAAAUUAUGCAACAUAUUACAUGUGGUUCUGUAGAGGAUGAAUCACGUUUUAUUGAGAUACUUCAGGCUGCCAUUUUAUCAAAGGAAAUAACUUCUUAUAAAAAGUUUAUUACUACUACUAGUGAGACUGCUAAAGCUAAACGUAAAAAAGAAGCAGAAAGUGAAGCACAAGAAGCCGAAGAAAUGGCCAAAAAGUUAGGCUUAGAUAAAAAAUUGUUAAAAGAUAAUGGAAAUGACGAAGACCAUUUGAAACAAAUUAUACAAUCAAGAAGUGAGAAAAGAAUGAGCGCUUUAUUAGAAAAUUUGGAAUCAAAAUAUGUUAAUAAUAAGUCUAAGAAAUUAAAGACAAAUAAAGCCAAAUCCAAGAAAAAUAAAUUUAUCAAAUUAAUGGCCAAUAGAGCAACUAGAAAAGGAGAGGAUUCCAAGACAAAAAAUUCAAGUGAAAAUGCGAAAUCAAAUAAAUCAAAUGGAACUUCAAGAGAUGGAAAAGUUGGAAGAAGUAAUCGCAGUACGAAAUGA